GGCGCCCCCGCAGAGCCCUGGAAAGUCACCACAACUCCUAACUUCCUUAAGCAAGACUUGGACCAGGAAAUGGAGCCCCAGGGCCCUAGUGGAAGAGAUUCGGUGGAAUACCUCUGCCCAAAGGGCUGCAGAUGGACCCAACAGUACAGCCAGGUGCUCUACUACAGGUCCUGCUGGACAUGAGCUGGCCCAGGUGGAAGACCCAGCUCUGUCAUCUGCCCACUGAGUGACUGGGCAGGUGACCCCCCACUAUUUGUGGACACUGCUCCUCAUCUGAGAGCCAAUGAAACGGCUAAAAACAGAAACAUUCUACUUCCACUUUGAAAACCUACCGGAUCCUGAUGGCUGGAAUAAGACCUUCCUGUGCUAUGAAGUAAAAAGAAGGCAGGACCAAAAACUUCUUCGAAAGGGAGUCUUUCAAAACCAGGUCGAACCCUACAUGCCACUGCAUGCAGAACUCCGCUUCCUCUCCUGGUUCCAUGACACCUUGCUGUGCCCUCUUGGGUCCUACCAGGUCACCCUGUAUGUGUCCUGGAGCCCCUGCUCAGAAUGUGCUGAAGAGCUGACAACAUUCCUGGCUGGUCACCGCAAUGUGACCAUGACCAUUUAUGUCGCCCAGCUUUACUACUGCAACUGGAAGUCCCCAAAUAGGGAGGGGCUUAAAAUACUGAUUGCGGAAGAUGCCAGGUUGCGUGUCAUGUUUUAUGAUGAAUUUUUAUACUGUUGGAGAAACUUUGUGAAAAAUGACUACAACAAUUUCGAUCCUUGGUCCCUACUUGAUGAAAAUUCCAGGUACCACAACAGGAUCCUGCAGAACAUUCUCAAAGAACCAAUGAAACGGCUAAAAAAAGAAACAUUCUACUUCCACUUUGAAAACCUACCCUAUGCCUAUGGACGGAAUAAGACCUUCCUGUGCUAUGAAGUAAAAAGAGAACGGGACAACAAAGUCCUUCACAAGGGGGUCGUUCAAAACCAGGUCAGCCCCUGUGCACUACAUGCAGAACUCAGCUUCAUCUCUUGCUUCCAUGCCACUGAGUUGUGCCUUGAUGAGACCUACAAGGUCACCUGGUAUAUUUCCUGGAGCCCCUGUGUGGAAUGUGCGGAGGAGAUUGUGAAAUUCCUGGCCAAUCACCGCAAUGUGUUCCUGACCGUCUUCAUUGCCCGCCUCUACUACUACUGGGAACACACAUUUAAGGAGGGGCUUCAAGCACUGGACAAGGGAGGGGUCCAGAUGCACAUGAUGUGCCUCCAAGACUUUAAAGACUGUUGGAGUCUCUUUGUGUGCAGUGAAACAUUCAGGCCUUGGAAGAGACUUCGUAAAUAUUAUCUGUUCCAGAACAAAACCCUGAAGCAGAUUCUCAGAAGGGAGAUGACUCUAAAAGAAGAGACAUUCCGAGUCCAGUUUAACAACGCAUACAAGGCCCCAAAGCCCUACCGCCGCAGGGUGACAUACCUGUGCUACCAGCUGCAAGAGGCCAACGGCGACCCGCUGACCAAAGGCUGCCUUCGGACCAAGAAGGGUUACCACGCAGAAAGCCGCUUUAUUAAAAGGAUCUGUUCCAUGGACCUGGGCCAAGACCAGAGCUACCAAGUCACCUGUUUCCUCACAUGGAGCCCCUGCCCACACUGCGCCCAGGAACUGGUUUCCUUUAAAAGAGCCCACCCGCACCUGCGCCUGCAGAUCUUCACCGCCCGGCUGUUCUUUCACUGGAAGAGGAGCUACCAGGAGGGGCUGCAGCGCCUGUGCAGGGCCCAGGUCCCAGUUGCUGUCAUGGGCCACCCAGAGUUUGCUUACUGCUGGGACAACUUUGUGGACCACCAGCCAGGGCCCUUUGAGCCGCCCUGGGCCAAGCUGGAAUACUACAGCAGCUGCCUAAAAAGGCGCCUCCAGCAGAUCCUGAGGUCCUGGGGUGUGGAUGACUUAACAAAUGACUUCAGAAAUUUGCAGCUUGGACCCACCUCACCCCCAGUGUCAUCAAGGGACCCCAGAUGACCGCCCCGGGAUACCACACACACCUGGCCUCCAUCCCAAGCCUGGGCCUUUUCCAUGUCCAGAAAGCCUUUCUUACCUCUUUCAUUUAUUCUAUGUUCAUUUUUUUAUAAAUGAAUUUGUA